AGAAAGACUUUGACGCUACGAAUCCCAAAAUGACAACACUUAUCUAGUUGUGCACAGCAGAAUCAUAAUGAACAUCUGACGGUCCUUGCGGGAGUCUUUACUCAGCGAAGCCUUCUGCUUUAUGGAGUAGAUGAAGUACUCAGCGAAGUGUAAGAAUAAUCUUCGUUAAGUUUUACAAGUAGAUGAAGUAUUCUCACACACUGUGAGUUUGGGUUAGGAGGAGGUUUAUAGCAGAAACUUUAUUGGUAAAAGCUAGCUUAUGAGCACCAAGCCCUCAGAGUCAUAACAGCUUCAAUUUGUGACUGUUUUCUGCUUUUACGCAUCAAGGCCCCUGAGUCAUAACAGCUUCAAUUUGUGACUGUCUUCUGCUUAUGCGCAUCAAGGCCCCUGAGUCAUAACAGCUUCGAUUUGUGACUGUCUUCUGAGUAUCCUCAGAGUGAAUUGCAAAGGCAAGGAAAGAAGACCACGUACAGAGAGAAGAAUACAUUAUGGAGAAGAGAGGUUUGCUUGAAACUUUGUUAAAACAGACGAGUAGAAGAUAGAAGGGAGAAGGGAUGACUGAAUUAAAAGUAUCUAGUUCCUCCAAAAAUAAGAAAAUUUCUGAAGUAGAUGGCGAAAGCCAAGCACCCAGCAAUCCUUUAUCUGGAUCGUGGGUCAUCGAAGUAAAGCACGUAUUUGGUUCAAAAAGUAAGAUGCUGCAUUCGUCUAUGUGGGAACUGUCUCGAAAGGUUUGCAUUUACAGGGUGCCCAAAUCCUUAAUGAUUUCUAAAGGAGAAGCAUAUGUUCCUUUGGUUGUGUCGUUGGGACCUUACCAUCAUCAGACAAACUCUAUAUUAACUUCAAUAGAUCAACAGAAGCUGAAAGCAGUUGAUAACAUAUUGAGAGGGUUUGAGAUGAAAAAGUUAAUUCGAGACAUGAAAAAUUUAGAUAGUAAAAUCAGAGAGUUCUAUGAUGGAACAACUGAUUGCAAUGAUAAUCAAGUGUUUGAAACUGUGAAGGCCAAGUUGACAGGAAGGAAUCAAAACUUCGACAGUCAAAGACAAGCAAUGGAUCAACACAUGCCGAAAGUUGAUGAGAUAGUGACAAGGGUCAAGGCGACCAAGUUGAUUGAAGAGAUAAAAAAUUUAGACUCUGAAAUCAGAGAGCACUAUGAUGAAACAAUUGACAGUGAUGAGGAAACAUUAUCUUGGAUCCUAACGAUGGAUGCGUGUUUUAUUCUUGAAUUCUUCAGGAUCUAUCGUGAUGGAAACACGGUGCAUUGGGACAUAUUAAAUGACAUCAUGAAGUUGGAAAACCAAAUUCCAUUGUCUGUUAUCAAAGUUUUACUUAAAUUGAAGUUUAAAAGGGAAGAUGACGUAACUUCUCACUUAACUGGACUGCUGCCGUUGAAGAUGUUUACCGGAUUUCCUUUCAAUUACUCAUCAUCAUCAGGUGGUGGAAAAUCCUUCGGCAAACUGAUUGAAUCUAUAAAGAAAAAUCCAUGUCAUCUACUCGAUUUGCAAAGAAUGGUGAUUAAGGAUCUGUUAACAGAUUCAAAUCCGGAAUCAGCUACUGAUGGUGAACCUAAUGGUUGUGCUAGCGCUGAAUGGUGUAUUAUUGUACCGCUACCUAUGUGGGUGCAACGACUCAGCUGCACUGAUAUACUUAAUCGUCUUUUUCCAACAGAUUCUCAUGACAGAUCUACCCCAUGUGCCGAAUCACUCCACAAGGUUGGUAUCAGAUUUCAACGAGGCCAAGUAGGAUUUGAGAGCGGUAAGCUUUCCCUGCCUCAAAUCGAAGUGAACAACAUCACAGAAACACUGUUGAGGAACUUGAUGGCUUAUGAAGAGUGUCAAAAGUGCUCCUUCUCUCCUGACGAUACAGUAAUUUCACAUUUUGUAUGCUUCUUAGAUGAUUUAGUCGAAUCGGAGAAAGAUGUUUCCAUCCUCAAGGAAGCCGGAAUCAUCAAAAGUAACCUGGGCAGUGAUAAAGAAGUAGCGGAUAUAUUCAACCAUCUCCGCAAGGGAAUUACUGUUGAACAAGUUAAUAGAUUUAAGUGUCUAGAGGUUGCUCAACAGGCAAGAACAUAUUAUUACAGCAAAUGGAAAAAGCCGAUAAGGCGUGUGAAGGACGCGUAUUGCUCAAAACCAUUAUAUUGGGUGCCUAUCCUCGCGGCGACAGCUAUUCUUGUUAUGACUGCUGUGCAAAUGGUGUAUGCAAUAAAGAAAGGCUAGUGUAGAUAUGAAAAUGUGAUUACUAAAAUAACAAGUAAUUAUUUAUAGCCUGUGACAUUCAUUCCAUAUGGCGGAUGUCCUUAUUAGUCCUUGCCGCUUCCAGGUACCACUGUGUUCCUUUAUUGAGAUUUUUUUAGAAAUAUGUAACUCGAAAUCAAUAACAUUAUUGCACUUUCUUCUUCUAAACUUACUAGUAACUGUUUAUUCAGACAUUAUUAUGUUCAAAAUUAUUUCAACAGUUAUUCAGGCUGUACAUAUAUAUAUAUGCAGUCUAAUAUUUUAGUAUACUUUUUAAAAUAAGUGCUACAUUGCACCGUAGUUCCUUCAUACUUGGUAGGACAAUUUUGUUGUGAGAGAAAACUGAAUGUUAUUGUAUGAUUAUGAAUUU